CCAUGUUGAGCCAGCCUUUGGUAGAACCUGUGUGAAACUGUGAUACAAACCUUCUAUCCUCAAACUUAGUGAACGGUGGUGUCAGUCAGCAUGUCGUUUUGUUUUAACUUCGACCUUCCAGCACAAACAACAGACCCCGGAGACGUGGAUGGAAAUGAACUGCAGCACGGAAAUAAAGAUCAUGCUGUCGUAUCUGUAGAGGAUGGCCCCAAACCAGCACAACCAGUAAAAGAGGCCAGCGAGCACUUUCCGCCAUCCGAUCCACAGUUCCUCCUUAUGGAUGCCGUCUUUGAAACGGUUACAGUUGGAACUCUUCCUCCUCUGCACUUCCUCAAUGAGACCGUUUUUGAGAAGACUGCCUCAGAGAGAGAGGACAGCGAAAAAAUUCUUUCACGCACAGCGGAGCAGAAGUCUGACCUCAUCUCUGGUGUGUACGAGGGAGGGCUGAAGGUGUGGGAGUGCACGUAUGACCUUCUGGAGUUGAUUGAGAAAGAUGGAGAGACCUUUGGGGGGAAGGCGGUUUUGGAUUUGGGCUGUGGUGCAGGGCUGCUGGGAAUACUGGCUCUGAAGAGGGGAGCCAGUCAGGUCCACUUCCAAGAUUAUAACAGUACAGUCAUUGAACAGCUCACAGUGCCAAAUGUAAUGCUAAACUGCCAAGAGGAUGAUGAAGUAGACAGUGAAGAUGACAAAGAAGGGAGUGGUAAGGAAAAAAUGAAGGAGGAAGAUGGUUCUAAAAAGAAGACGAAAGGGCAGAAGGAGAUCACAGAAAACAGCCCACCUCCUAAGAAGCAAGCCGUAGACUUAGCCCAGCACCCAUUACUAACCAGGUGUCAUUUUUACUCUGGUGACUGGAGCACAUUUCUUGCUUUGGUUCUAAAGACAGAUCCACCACCCAAAUAUGAUCUUAUAUUCACAUCAGAGACUAUUUACAACACUGCAUACUACCCUGCUCUACACGAGACCCUGCACAAACUGCUGGCACCAGAUGGUCUGGUCUACCUCGCCACCAAAUCCCACUACUUUGGUGUAGGUGGUGGACUACAUCUCUUUGAAACGUUUGUGGAGCAGAGGGGUGUUUUCUCUGUGGAUCGUCUGUGGGAUGGAGAAGAAGGACUUCAGAGACAUGUAGUAGUACUGCGUUUUAAAAAGUCAAAAGACGCUUGAGUAAGGAAUGUCAUCGGUUUUAUCUAUAAUUGAUUUAUUGAUGAAAACCUGAAUGAAACUAAAAAGUAGAGCAAGGAUAUUGCUUGUUUAUUGUGUGCAGUCCUGAAUCAGCCAGCUGUGUCGUUAUGACUCCUGUCUUUAUUUUGGUAUGUCAAAACUGCCGUGGUUAAACAAGGAAAAGCUGCAAUAAAAACACAGUCUUGGCUCAUA